AUGGCUGUCAUUGUGGUUAAGGCAUUGAAAUUUCAUGCUGGUGACCCUGAUAGCAAGGAAAUUUUGGAUGAGAAAGAUGCCCGCAAUCGCCCGCUUGAUGUUCAAUAUCAAUCUAAACCCGAAAGAAGAACUAAAAAGUUCGUUAAAUCCCUGGUGUCGAGCUUGAAUUUGAGUGCAGGGACUGAAUGGUCAAGCUCGGAAAAUGGGAUUUUGAAGUCUGCUAGAGAGGCUGUUAAAAUUGGGGAAAAACUUUGGCAAGAGCUCGAAUUGAUAGGGAAAAAUAGAGCCAGCAGUAGUAAUAAUACAAGUGGUAGUAAUAAUAGUAGUAGAAGUGAGGAGUGCCCACAAUAUAUGUCUAUAUCUGCCGAUGUUUUCUUGAAGAAUGGGAGAGUGAUGGUUUUGACGUGUGGGUUGACAUUGGGGUCGCAUAUUACGGUGGUCGGAAAGCCGAGGGUGGCACAUAUGGAGACUGACCCGCAGAUUUCUCUGUUGAAGGAGGGGCAAUAUGUGAUGGUUUCGCAGUUUAUGAUGGAGUUGCAGGGGUUGAAAGCGGUGGACGGGGAGGACCCACCAAGGAUUCUGCAUUUUAAUCCGCGGUUAAAGGGUGACUGGAGUGGGAAACCUGUUAUUGAGCUGAACACUUGUUAUAGGAUGCAGUGGGGGACAGCACAGCGGUGCGAGGGAUGGAAGUCCCGGGAUGAUGAGGAGUCUGGUGAGUAG